AUGCUCAUGACCGUGGCCCCAACUUCGGCAAUCCGACAGACACAGAGAGGUAACAGCUACACAUCGCGCAACCAAGCCGACCCCGACUCCGCAGUCGGUCUCUCCGAAUCGGCGUCGUUGGCCCGCUCCAACGGUGACCGCAAUAUCCUCAAAUCCGCCUACAACAACAUGAGUAUGAACGGCAUCAUGGGCACAGCCCCUCCGGGGUCUUUGUAUGUGAGGGCGCUCUACGACUAUGAGGCCGACGACCGAACGAGUCUCAGCUUCCACGAGGGCGACGUCAUCCAGGUCAUCACACAGCUAGAGAGUGGUUGGUGGGAUGGAGUCAUCAACGGCGUUCGAGGGUGGUUCCCGAGUAAUUACUGCCAAAUGAUCACGAGUUCCGACGACGUCCCGGAGGCCGCGCAGAAUGGGGAACUCGUAGUCGCUGAGGACGACUUUGAAGAUCAGGUUCGCUAUGAGGAAGAGUUUGACGAGGAGAACGAAUCCGACCAGGACGACUUCAACGGCCUCCCGCUCGAGGGGACUGACUCUGGCGCCAAGUCUGGCGGUGCCGACUUCUGGAUCCCUCAGGCAACCCGUGAUGGCAGACUAUUCUAUUACAACACAAUGACGGGCGAGAGCAGUAUGGAACUGCCGCUCGAAUCACCAACAUCGCUUAACGAGACCGGCCCACGCGAUCGCAUGAAUGUCAACAUGCCGGAGAAGACGAGGCCACCCCCGGAAAUGAUGGCUCGAGGUUUAACACAAGAUGAAGAUGAAGAUUCAGAGGCAACCUCGGCGUCCGAGCUCGAAGGUGAAUCACUCAUGAUGGGAAGGGGCUCAAUGCCUCUCCGUUCUCGCCGUGCCUAUACCAACGAUGGUGUUGGUUUAUCCCCCGCACCCUCCAUCGACUCUAUGAACGGCGCAUCGCCCCUCGCCCGCGUUCGCGCAGAUACCUACAUCAACACAAAUCUUCCCCUGCCUUCAGGCACAGGGCAAACGCCCAUGUUGGCUUCAGCGACCUCUUUUACAGGCACAAGCUUCAACUUACCUCAGGCUGCCACGAUUCCCCGCUCCUUCUUCGACGAUGGCUCUGCCCAGCUGUUGACUUGGACGAGGCUGGUCACGGAUAUGAAGAAGGCUAUUGAUCGCUAUCGCGAGGCCAUCACCAGUAGUAACCGUGCCGAAUAUGUGAGUCGUGCGGAGGACAUCUCGGACCACCUGCGGCUGCUACUUGCCGCUGGCUCUGGAACGACCGAUAACCACUCAGGCCAGCCUUCCAUCAUCUCUACCAAUAAGGCGCUAUACCCACACUUCCGGGAUAUGAUGUCCAAGUUCUCAAAGUUGGUCAUAUCCUCUCACAUUGCUGCUGCAGACUGGCCAAACGCCGAGUCCGUACAAAAAUGUAUGCAGGAAGCAGACGGAGUCUUGAUGGGUGUCUUCAGCUUUGUUGAAGUUGCUAAGCAGCAGAGAGGCGAAGAAAUUCCCAGACUUUUCCCGGGUUUCGUAGUUGGGAGCACGGUGGGUGGCAACUGGCAGAACAACGGCUUGGGACCAAGGGAUCCCAUCACGUCCAACUUCCUUGACGACGAGCAAGAAGGGAUCGUGGACCCAACGGCCAUUCUCGACGGAAAAUUAUUGGAGAGGCUCGAUGAACAAAAGAGGAUGUUGGUAUCCAGCAUCAGGGAGUUGGAGAAGAACCUCACAGUUUCCGAAAAGGUUAUCACGCCAUACAAGCAUGAGCUCAUCGGCAACAAUGUUUGCACGGCCGGUGGCAAAGUUGUUGAGAUAUUCAAGCCUUGGAUCCAAAUGAUCGAGUCGGUCGAUCUCUCCACGCUAGGAAACAACUUUCAGACGCCACAGUUGGCCGACUUCAGCACGUACAAGCAGAGUCUGUAUGACAACAUAUCAGAUCUUGUGCUCGGUUGCCAAGCUGUCGCUGGCCCUCUGGGCGACGAAUGGGCUGAAGUACGGGGAGAGUCUCUGGAGAACCGGCUUGAAUAUGUCAGACAGUGCGCACGCGCACUAGAGCAGAACUCUUCUCAUAUCGGAUUCUCGUUGCAACUUCUUUCGGAACAAGUCCAGAUCAACUUGCAACAGAACCAACAGUCCCAAAUGCGAGACGAUAACUACCAGCGCGAGCAACUCAGGAGAAACGAGACGAUGCCUUACAACAACAUGCACACUCGAACCGAGUCGCGGACUUUAGGUAUAGAGCGACGGCCACCGCUCAUGACAUCUCAGUCUUUCACAGAAGGGGACACCCCUACCAACAACUACCGCAAGGGCGACUUAUCGAAAGUUAGGAAGAUUUUGGGAGACGACCCCACGCCGCAAGGAGCCCUACAACAAGCCGAAGAGAUGCCCCUUUUCUUGCGACUUGAUCUUGAAAGUGAGCUGUCGUGGGAUCUGAAAGCAUCGCCACCUGCCGUCAAAGGUGGCACUUUACUGGCGCUGGUGGAGCAACUCACGCGUCACGACAAGCUGGAUUCAAGUUUCAACAACACAUUUCUCCUCACAUACCGCUCAUUUACGACGGCACGCGAGCUGUUUGAGUUACUAGUCAAGCGCUUCAAUACACAGCCUCCUGAAGGUCUGAACAGCAGCGAGUUUGACGUUUGGAGGGAUCGCAAACAGAAGCCUAUCCGCUUCCGCGUCGUCAACAUCAUGAAGAGUUGGUUCGACAACUUCUGGCUAGAAGAGAACAACGACGAGUCCAAGCGUCUCAUCAGGGACGUUUAUCAGUUCGCACGUGAUACCGUCAAGUCGACAGAAACGCCCGGUUCCGCGCCGCUGAUGACUGUCUUGGAUCAACGCCUCAGCGGCAAGGAAAUGUCUUCCAAGCGCAUGAUUCAGACUUUUGCGAAUAAUGUGCCCCCGCCAAUUAUGCCCAAGAACAUGAAGAAGCUCAAGUUCUUGGACAUCGAUGUCACCGAAUUCGCUCGCCAACUCACUAUUAUUGAGUCCAAGCUCUAUGGAAAGAUCAAGCCUUCGGAAUGUCUCAACAAGACAUGGCAGAAGAAGGUUGGCGAAGGCGAACCUGAACCGGCUCCCAACGUCAAGGCUCUCAUUCUCCAUUCUAAUCAGAUGACUAACUGGGUUGCCGAGAUGAUUUUGGCCCAGAUGGACGUCAAGAAGCGCGUGGUAGUCAUUAAGCACUUUGUGUCCGUGGCUGAUAAAUGUCGAACGCUCAACAAUUUCUCCACGCUCACAUCCAUCAUCUCCGCGCUUGGCACGGCUCCGAUCGCUCGCCUCAAGAGAACUUGGGAUCAAGUGCCAGCGCGCACCCAAGCAACACUAGAAACAAUGCGUCGACUGAUGGCCAGCACGAAGAACUUUGGCGAAUACCGAGAAGCUCUUCACGCAGCCAAUCCUCCCUGCAUUCCAUUCUUCGGUGUCUACUUGACGGACCUGACCUUCAUUGAAGACGGCAUCCCCUCGAUUAUCAAGAAAACUAACCUCAUCAACUUUGCCAAACGCGCAAAGACCGCCGAAGUUAUUAGGGACAUCCAACAGUAUCAAAACGCCCCAUACUCACUCCAGCCAGUGCCGGAUCUGCAGGACUACAUCUUGUCUAACAUGCAAGCUGCUGGAGAUGUCCAUGAGAUGUACGACAAGAGCUUGGUUGUAGAACCACGUGAACGUGAGGACGAGAAGAUUGUGAGUCGUGCAACGAAUGUCUUGACCACCAUCAUCAUGGGUGCCUCGAACCCGAGGAAUUGGGGCAUGGCCUAUUAA